CUUGGAGUCUAGGUUUUGCCUUCUCUUCUCUAUUUCUUUCGGCUUCGUUCCUUCACAGGAGUGUAAAGUUUUGCACGAGUUCUUCUUUGUCGCUGUUCGACUUCGCUCCUUCGACGACGAGCGGUGAUCCGAAACAACGGGAGCUCGCAUGCUGUGAAGGCUGUGAACACACAAUACGCAUCAAAGACUAAAGAUCAAAGAUGUCCCGCCGAUACGACAGCCGGACGACGAUUUUCUCUCCCGAGGGGCGACUCUACCAGGUGGAGUAUGCAAUGGAGGCCAUCGGCAAUGCCGGCUCGGCUAUCGGUAUACUUGCCACGGACGGGGUCGUCCUCGUUGGAGAGAAGAAGGUAACCUCUAAGCUCCUCCAGACCUCGAAAUCCACCGAGAAGAUGUACAAGAUAGACGACCAUCUGGCUUGUGCUGUCGCUGGCAUCAUGUCUGACGCCAACAUCCUUAUCAACACUGCUCGCGUCCAGGCCCAGCGCUACACAUUCGCAUAUCAGGAACCCAUGCCAGUCGAACAGCUCGUGCAGUCCCUCUGCGACACCAAACAAGGCUACACCCAGUUUGGUGGCCUCCGCCCUUUUGGCGUCUCCUUCCUCUUUGCGGGUUGGGACUCCAACUUCGGCUUCCAGCUCUACAUGAGUGAUCCCAGUGGGAAUUACAGUGGUUGGAAGGCGGCCGCAAUUGGGGCCAACAACCAGGCUGCACAGUCCAUGCUGAAGCAGGACUAUAAGGAGGAUGUUGAUAGAGAGGAGGCAGUCCAGCUUGCACUGAAGGUGCUUAGCAAGACUAUGGAUAGUACCAGCCUUACAGCGGAUAAGCUUGAGCUGGCAGAGAUUUUCUUGCUCCCUUCUGGGGAGGUGAAGUACCAGGUUUGUUCUUCGGAAGGGCUCACCAAGCUGCUUGUGAAGUCUGGAGUCACCCAGCCUUCUGCUGAGUCCGCAUAGCGCUGCUCAUCAUGGGAGUUGGAUGGAAAAUGGAGUCUCUAUCAAACUGAAAAGGAACAUAAUAUGAUCAUAAUACUAAUUUUUAUUUUUAGUCCAAUCAUUUUGUGCGCGAUCAUCACAUGUUGAAGAAGCAAUCAAGAUUUUAUUCCUCAUCACUUGGUUUAUAACCAUGCAACCAUAUGCUUGUCUGCUUGACUUUAAAGUUGAACUCUCCAGGCGAAUAAAACUGGUUUGUUUUGAAUUAUCUAUUACGCACUUCCACUCUGAUUAUGGAAGGUAUUUAUUUCUUUGGGAUUUCGAAUGAAAAUGAGUAUCUAGUCAAUUUUCUUUUGCUC